AUGAUAAAGUUGAAGAAGAUAAUUGGACUGACAGUGUGCAGCAGCGCGGGCUUGGACGUUUCGCCAACGACAGGAGUUCUUGCUUAUCCCGCAGGAUGCACCGUCGUUCUAUUUAAUUCAAAAAAACUAAGUCAAACUUAUCUACUCAACACAUCGCGAAAAGCCAUCACAGCCGUCGCUUAUUCACAAUGUGGUCGAUAUUUAGCGACGGGUGAAUGUGGAAUUAAUCCUACGAUUAAAGUUUGGGAACUAGAUCUGUCAACAAGCAAUGAAAGUAAUUGCGGAGGUUCCGUUAUAGCAGAAUUUAGUGGACAUAAAUAUGCAGUGAAUUGUGUUGCAUUCUCACCAACCGGCAAAUAUCUUGUAUCGGUUGGCUCACAACACGAUAACAUCGUCAAUGUCUUCGAUUGGAAAUCCAAUUUAAAGAUCGCAUCGAACAAAGUCAGUGCCAAAGUCGUUGCAGUCUCAUUUAGUGAAGAUGGAAAUUAUUUUGUGACGGUUGGAAAUCGUCAUGUCAAGUACUGGUACCUGGAAGGUGGACGAAAGUAUAAAGAGCCGAUUCCCUUGAUGGGUCGUAGUGCCAUAUUAGGUGAGUUGCGUAACAACGAUUUUUGUGCUGUGGCAUGCGGCAAAGGUGAAAUGAUCGACAGCACCUACGCCAUCACAAGAAAUGGUCAUUUGGUCGAGUUCAACUCUCGCCGUUUACUUGACAAAUGGGUCAUGUGUCGCACGACAACAGCAAAUUGCAUGGUGGCUUCAGCUAAAUUCAUCUUCGUGGGUUGUGGCGAUGCCAUUAUCAGAGUUUUUAACGCAGAGACUUUAGAAUACAUCACAACACUGCCACGCACUCACUACCUCGGUGUCGAUGUAUCGCAAGGCGUUCAAAUUAGUCACAUGAUGUCAGCCCCACCAGCUGCCAAAUAUCCCGACACUAUUGCCAUUGUCUUUGACGAAUCACGCUCGAAAGUGAGUUGCGUUUACAACGAUCAUAGUCUUUAUAUUUGGGAUUUAAGAGACAUUCGUCGUGUUGGUAAAAGUCAUUCAUUUCUUUAUCAUUCGGCCUGUAUUUGGGGUGUUGAAACUGUGCCAUUGAACUUCCUGAGAAAUGGAAACGUUCAAAGCAACUUGCCAUCGGAUUGUUUCAUAACAUGUUCAUCUGAUGAUACGAUUCGCUUUUGGGGAUUGGACAAUUGCGAGACAAAUGAACUUUUCCGAAAGAAUAUUUACAGUAAAGAACUUUUGAAGCUUCUUUACAUUGAUCCCGAAAUGAAUUUCAUUAAAGAUAUGGAUAAUCCGACACAAAGUAACGAGAAGUCGUCGAGUUAUGACGGUCGUAAUGGUGUUCGUUGUAUUAAGAUCAGUGCUGAGAAUGAUCAACUUGCGACUGGUGAUCGAAGUGGAAAUAUUCGAAUUUAUGAUCUUCGAACAAUGAAAUUGAUUCAAGCAAUUGAAGCUCAUGACUCGGAAGUGUUGUGUCUUGAAUAUACGAAUGAUAAGAUUGAGAAACGUCUUCUUGCAAGUGCCAGUCGUGAUCGUUUAAUUCAUGUUUUUGAUGUUGAAAAUAAUUAUCGAAUCUUACAAACACUCGACGAUCAUUCGAGUAGCAUCACAUCGGUGAAGUUUAUUGGCAGUGGUCUUACAUUCCAAAUGAUAUCGUGCGGUGCUGAUAAGUCAAUCAUCUUCAGAAAUUAUCAGAAUAAUCAAUUUACAAGAGGAAACAAUUGCUCGGGUAAAAAUACGUUGUACGACAUGGAAGUUGACAACACAGCAAAGCACAUUUUGACAGCAUGUCAAGACCGAAACAUUCGAGUUUAUGGUACACAAAAUGCAAAGCAUACGAAGACAUUUAAAGGAUCUCACUCGGAUGAAGGAACUUUAAUUAAAUUAAGCUUAGAUCUGAGUGGAAUUUACAUUGCAACGUCGUGCACUGAUAAAACUUUGAGUGUUUAUGAUUACUAUUCAAAUGAAUGUAUGGCGAAGAUGUAUGGACAUAGUGAACUUGUCACUGGAUUGAAAUUCACAAACGAUUGUCGACAUUUAAUAUCAGCAAGCGGUGAUGGUUGCAUUUUCGUGUGGCAAGUUCCCCACGACAUGAUUGUCACAAUGCAAGCAAGAUUAAGUCAACAAGCGAUGCGUUCUGGUCAUAGUCCCGCAAUUCCAAGACAACAACUCUCAAAUCCAUUCACUGAAAGUCCACAUGCAGAACAAAACUUUGGAUCACCGCCAGGAUGGCUUGAAGAUUCACCAACAACACCAAGUUAUAAACUGGCAGAAGUUGGACAACUUCCAAUGUGGGCUAAGAAGAAACCAGACGAGAAUUCAAGUUCACCGAUCAUGGGAUCGAGUCCCAAUCAGAAUCAGAAUCAAAUUCCUUUGAAUAAUCAGAAACCUCGCGGAAAAUGGGCACAACGUGGACAAUUUGAUGCUGAAUCGUUAGAUUUACGAAGUAUUGUUGACACACCAAAUCCACCCCCGCAAACUACUCACAAUAUUAUGAUAAGCAAUAACACACCAACUUCGGGUUAUAAUAGUGGAAGCUCGAAAGAUGUUUACAGUAAUUAUCUCAGUGAAGACAGUUCGAUUGAUAGUGGAAUGGAGAAUCGACGUGACCAUCCAUUCAUGCCUCCGAUUGUUAAACUGGAACACAAUAAAAUGCAUAGUUUGAACUCGGAAUCAAAUACUGAACAUGAUGGCGAUGUUGAAGACAUUUCCGAUGGUGAACGAACAAGUUCAGAUCAUGGAAUGAUUUAUUAUCCAGGAACGCAUGCAUCAACACCAACUGACUUCAAAGUCAAUGAAAUGAAGGAGGAUGAGUUAAGGAAGUCAAUUCGAAGACAAAAGUUGGAAAAGCAAGGUCUUAGUGUAAGUCAAAUUAUUACUGCAACAGCAGCUGGAAUUGGAACUGGAACUGGUACAUCUGAUGACGAAGACGAUGCUUCAACACCGAGUGGGGACAAUGCUGAACGUUCUUUAGCAUCAACACUUGGCGGUAGUUCUGAAUCAAUUCCACACCCAACAACAUUCUUACGAGUAGCGCUUGAUGGCCCGGAAUCAGAUUCAGGAAGAGAUAAAGAAAGAGGACGUAAAAGCAUAAGUGCGAUGCACAAUAAUGAUAACAAAACCGCGAGUAUUUCGAAAUCCUACACGAAUAGCAAAAAAGAAGAAUUGCUGAAAGUGAUCAACGAGGCCAAACAAAAGUUAGAAAAUGUCGGUUAUAAAUCGAGUCUACGUGCUAGUCAAAGUAUCUCGGAUCUAAGUCAUGCAAAUGUCGAUGCUAGGACGAGAAUCUUGCGUGGAGCUGUCGACGGAGAAGCAAACACAGUGACAACAAAUCAAAUUGCACCUGCUCAUCAGCACCACAAUUUCUAUAAUUGCGCAGCACCAAAAGCCAGAAUCGUACAUAAUUGUCAUUUAAUUCGUCAGAUUCAGAGAAAUUAUCCGCCAUACCCAAGUCAAUUGGGUUGUUAUGCGAAUGAAAAUUCAACUGAAGUCUCUCCACAACAUCGACCGAUGUAUUUGUCAACACAUGUUGAGAAUCCAACGAUUGUUCCAUCACCUGACAAGCUGAAGAAACAUCCAGGUAUUUUAAAGAAUUACAAAUCAUGCCCAGUAUCGCCAGUACAUGAAGAACUUGAUUGGACUGCGGUUCAUGAUCGUAACAAUCAAGUCAAGUUUUUCGAACAUAAAUCAAAGCGUCACACAAUGUACAGUGAUGACGCACAGACAAUUAUUGACAUGAUUCAAUCAGAUACCGAACGAAUGAUUGCUGAGAUAACAUCAAAAUAUGGAGAUUUGGACGACUUCCAAAUUCCAUCGACAAGUCAUGAAGCUGCUGGUAAAGCGAUUGUCAAAUGUAAUCCGAUUGAUCAUAAAUUUACUGCUAAGAAAGAGAAAAACGAACACGACUUUCUAUCAGAUGAAGACGGAAACUUCAGCUCAGAUUCAUUAGAAGAUUGCAGUUUAGAUUUGGAAUGUGAUCGAAAUGAAAAGAUUCACUACAUGAGAAAGAAGAAAGGAACUUGCAAGAAGCAUGCGAAGAAAUAUGAUUCGAAUCCACCAAAGCGUUCCGUGUCAGAAUAUUUCAUUUAUGAAGAUUACUUCACUCAUAUUGAUAUCAAUCGGAAAGUUUCAUUGUCAGAUAUUCUUAAGGACGACCCAAAUGAAAAGACAAAGAAUGAACAAAGCUUCCUUGAAACUCAACGACAUUCAAGUGCAAGUUUCUUUCUCGGACAUGAUCGAAAAAGUCAAGAGAGCAUUUUGUCUGAAGAACAACAUAGUGGCGGUGUCAGCUUUUGCAACAGCAUGGAAAGUAUUCUUUCUGACGAAUCGGAAUGUAAAAGUGCGCCACUUGAAGCACUUUUUGAAAGAUGUAAAUUGGAUCAACGAAAUAUCGGCAACAUCGACAGAUUUGAUUCCAACAAUUCAAAGUCUUAUGGGUCAAGUCCAAAUUCAAAUUUAUGCGGUUUCGAUUAUUACAUGCAGAAUCGAUAUCAAGAUGAUGUCAAAUGUGACAUUUCCAAUUAUGGAUUUGAUAGUUUGGAUGGAAGAAGUUUUAAAGUUCUCAGCAAUGUUCGAUCACCAACACAUCGAGUGGUUCCUUCGUCGUUUAGUGUCCCACAAUUUGUUGAUGAUUCUGCUGAUGACGAUUUCAUUCCAUCAAUGACAUCAAAAGUUGCGCAUUAUAACACAAAUUUGAAUAAAAGUUUGAGUAAAGAUUUCGCAAAUCAACGAAAACAACAACACGGAAUGAACUUUGAGCCACAACAAAGUCAUCCCAAGCCAAUCAUUCGAGCUGAUAUCUUUUCAGAUGCUUCUGUUAGUUCCGCAACAUCAUCAAUCAUCAUGAAGAAGUCAUGCAGCUUUGAGAUUGAGAUGGGCAAUGGUCAACGAAAGAUCGUGCAAAAUUCGAAGAAGUUUGAACAAAAUCUUCAACGAUUCGAAAAAGAUCGUCGAGAUCAACAAGAACAGAAAUCGAAACUGCAGAAAAGUGAUUUCAAUCUUGAAAUGGAUUACGUUCCGCAUAAACCUCCAGUCGCUCAUAAAAGAUCUUCAAGUAUGAAGGGACGUGGAAAGGUUAAAAGUAAAGAAAAGUUCAACACCAUCAGCUGUUCGCAAACUUCAAAUGCCAUUUCGCAACCGCAUGAAGUUCGUGACUUCAUCAAUCGAGAUUACUUUGGUAAAUUGAAGAAGAAUGAAGAAAAGUCAUUUGAAGUUUACAUUGCUGAGAAAGGAAUCAACGAGGAUGAUAACAUGGGCAGCUUAGAUUCGCUUGAAAGUCGUCAGAAAAUCAAUGAAAUUACCAAUUCAGUUGAUUCGCUUGAUGUUGACAUUGAAACGGAAGUGAAGCCUACAAAAGACAUCGACUCGGAAUUGUCACAGUUCAUUGAUACGCGAUUUAUAACACCAGCUGAUUUGGGAAAGUUUCGUGACAUUGAACGGAAGAUUGAUGUGAUUAACAAGCUUGUUGAACUUGAAGAGAAGAAAUUGGAACAAGAAAGAAUUCGACGCGAGAAGCGCAUCAAGCCUUUGUUUGAUGGGAACACAAAGGAGCGCGGCUUUGUGAAGCAUUUAACAAAGAACUUUGAUCUGUUGGCCAAGUCUGGCCAAGACAGCAUCACAAAUUGGUGUAUUGAAGCAUCUAAUGGUGGUUGCGGAUUGAAACGAAACUUUAGCCUUCCGGACGUACUCGAAGGUGCCAAAUUCCAAACAUUUGAAUUCGAUGACAUUGACGAGCCAAAAAUGGCAUUUUAUGUACCAUCAAAUAUGAAACUGUACGAUUUCGAUGACGAUUUUGAAACAACAACCGGCAAUAAAGCUUUUACGCCUGAUGAUGACGAAAAUGAAUCAUCGAUUAGACGAGCUUGCUCACUUAGUGACUUAAGUAUGGGAAAAGGACUAAACAAGGGACCGACUUCGUCUAAUUCUAAGUCGCCAAAGGAACGCGCUGGGUCAAGAAACUUGCCGAAGCGUAGCUCGUCCUCAGUUGGAAAAUCAGCAACUUCCGGCAUGGGAAUGCGAAGUAUUUCAGUUGGAAUGUUGAAUCAAGCUAGCGAUUCAGAUCAAUCAGAGCCGAUUGCGUCUCGUGGUGGUGUUUUACGUCCAACAAUAUCAUCACAGAACAAAACAAAUGGUGGCGGAUCUGCAAAGUAUAUUAACCCACGAAGUGCUGCUGGUAUCAUAAGUCGACGAAAGGGAAUGCAAAAUUCUUACAGCAGUGUCAAUCUAACAACUGCUGGACAAGACGAAUCGAGUUCAGAAGAAUCCCCACCGCCCAAUGUAACUACUAGUCCCACAAAGCCUGCGGUUCCACCACGACCAAGAAAUAUUCCACAAGAUCAACGUCGCAUUACAAAUAUUAACACAAUGCUCAACUCAAAGAAGACAGAACUUGCAGCUGGAAUGAUUGAAAUGCCGUGUAAGGACAGCGACAUUGAAAAUACUGACAUAACCACACAACUUUGCUCAGGUCUUAUCAACCAAUUGAUGGUGACAACCAAUAAUGUCAUUCAACUUCAUCAAAGACUUAGAACAAAUGAUGAACCAACAAGCACUGGAAAUAAUAAUUUAAUGCUCAAAGAACUUGAAAAUGCUGUCAUUAUGACACAAAGUAUGCUCACAAAAAUCACCAACAGAAAUUCUGACACAUCAACCUACAAUAAUAAUAACAACAGUAAUUUGAGUCACGAUAAAGUGAAUAAUAACCACACUCCUACAACAAAUGGCGGUGGGGAAUACACUCAAAUGUACGAGAAAUGCAACGACUUGUUGAGCCAAGUUCAAAGUCAGAAACACGUGAACAACAACAAUAAUAAUAACAAUACAAGUAAUUAAGAAAAGAGAAAUUUGUUAUCAUUGCCAGUAUCAACGAUAAUUGAUGUGUGAGAAAAACAGUCAGGAAGUAGAUUUUGAUUGUAAAACUUUGUUCUGUCCAUCCUUCUCUCCUGUAUUUAAAAUGAAUUAGUUAAAUUAAAUUGAGCUUUUUAGUGAAGGAAUAUUUUUUGUUGUUGUGGGUGUUAAACAUGAUAAAAAUGUAGGAGAAGGAAUUUAAGUUUAAAAUGUUCUUCUUAUUUUCAUUUAUGUUACACACUAAUUGUUUUUGAUCAGCGUUUUUUAAUGAUGAAAGCUAAAGCGUAUUAAACUGGCCGAAAAUUUUUAAUGAAGUGGGCGAAAAGCGAUGAAUUCGGUCACUUCUUUAUUUGAAAUUUCGGUUGAAUAUGACACGCAAUUUUGAUACAAUUUUUGUUAAUUAUUUUUUAAGAUUAAAAGAUCAAGAAAAAGACUCAUAAUCAAACAUUUUUAUCACUUAAUUCUUCUUUUUUUCUUCACUUCUUUUACCAAUCAUUUGUAUUAGUUUUAAGAUUUAAUUGUUAACGCCAACAUACAUAUGUGAGAAAAAAUGAAUCAUAUUGAUUUUUAAGAUGUUCCCAAGAUUUAAGUCAAAAAAGAAAUAUAUAUUAGCAAGAAGAAAACAUUCAGUUAUAUAUAUUAAUUAUAGUAGAUGAAGCAAGAAAACUCAAAAAAAAAAGUUUCAUGUGGUAACUUAGUAGGAAACAAUUAAAAAAUUGAAAAUGUUGGAACUUAGUAAAGCAGAAAAGAAAAUGAAAAAUAUCAAGAAAAAUAUUAGAUAAGAAAAGCCAAAAAAAAAGGAGAAAAAUAUUAACAUAGCUCAGUUGGAGUAAGCAUAAAUUAACAACAAACGAUUUAAGAUGCAAACUAAAAUUUUGGUCUUUUAAAAUCGCUUCUUUAAGAAUCUAAGAUUGAAGAAAGUAACACGAAUUGAUGACGCAUCAGAUUAAUAUACUGUUAACUAAUAUUUACCAACCCUUAACUCAGCAAAUCAACGAGCAAUCAACUUUCAAAUACAUUUUGAUAGUUGAUAACUUACACAUAAAUAUUUUAAAUAAACAAACAUACAUUGCACUGAACUCAGUAAAAGAUUUUAAUUUUUAAUGACGAAUAAUAAAAAAUGGAGAAAAGAAUUAAUUCAAUUGAAAAGACUAACAUUUCCUGGCUUUUAUUAACUUUUUAACAUUUACAGAGAGUGCCGCUCAAGAAUAUUAAAAUGAUUUGAAAGUUUGUUUAAAAAAAGAUUAUUAAUGGAUUAAGACUUGUUUAAUCUAGAUUAAAUUUUAAUCCAAAUGAUAAUCCCUUUUAAAUGAACUUUAGUUAUGACAUCAAAGCAUGUAAAUGAUUGAUUUAUCAACAAUUUAUUCGAUGCUUCAUUGAGCGCCUCAGCCAGUGCAACUUUUGUCCUUUUCAACAUUUUUGAAAAGUUCAUCAAGAUGCCGAAAACACGCAAUUUUUAACAUUUAACAUUCCAGCUUUGCAUUCCUUCAAACGAUGUCAAUUCUAAGGUGUAAAGGUCAGCGUACGAACGUUUGUUCGCUCAAUUAACUCUCCCAGAAUUACAAUAGAAAUUUAAUAAAAUUAUUUUAGUUGAAAAUCAAUGAA